CGACGUUGCAUUCACACACAACCCUCUCUUGUCCCACACGGCACACACAUUACCUGUUCGUGUUCGUUGCAUCGACAAGGUAGUGGCGACUCAACCGACGGCCCACCUUUGAGCAACCCCCCAGCAGCAGGCCAGCAGCACCACUACUAGUCCCGCGUAUCAAAGCCGGGCAAGCCUCGAUCCCUUCCUCUCCCUCGUUCCCUUCCCUUGGCCCGCCGCCGCCGCCGGUUGCUCGUCCUCCUUUCUGCUCCUUCCUCGUCGUGCCCCGCCGCCAGCCGCCAGCCGCCCGCCAUCGCCGCCGCCGCCGCCGACUUCAUAUCGCGCGUCUCCUCCAUCCCUCCCACCCACCACCCAAACUCCCCAUUCAUUCCACCUUUUGCUGCUAGAGUGUCCGACUAGACCUUGUUCCCCACGCACGCUACGCAUCAACAAUCGUCCCACUGGAAUCCAACUCCCCAUUCCAUCUCGCGACACGACAAGUUGCUGCCAGCCAUUUGCGCACAACUACCCACACCACACACCCACCAAACGCCGAUCCAUCCGCCAGCGUUUACAACUCGUCUUCAUUGCCCUCGGUCAUGGCAAUGGAGACUUCUUACCACGACAACUACUCAGACCAGCAACGACCAGGCCACGAGACCGAGAACGGCUUUGGAUACAACAACAACAGCAACAGCCGCACCCGCGCCCACUACGGCAACAUCAACACUGCCGUAUCAAACACGUCCACCCAGCCAUCCACCAUGCAAGCUUCCUCGUCGUCGACGGUAUCGUCGGCGCCGUCCACCACGAUCCUAUCAACAACCUCGGACGCGCCGACCCUUACCAACAACGGUAUGAACAGACGUCUGUCAACAAGCUCGACGGCGCGUCUGGAUGGCAAGGACGGAGGCCCGCAGAUUGGCUUUGACGAGGGUAUCAUUCAAGGCCUCUGCGAUGUGGAUGGCCCUCUCGUUCUCUUGUCAGACAGGAUAAAGCAGUCGAUUGCAUCGUGCAAGCAAGUGGCCAGCUUCUUCCGUGCGCGCGCCGACGUCGAGGAGAAGUACGGACGCAGUCUGGUUGAGCUUGGCCGCAACUCGAACGAUCAGUACGCGCGUUCCGAGGGCAAAUCUGGAACAUUCUUGAGCGCGUACCAGCAGUCGCUCAAGGUCCAAGAGACGCUCGCUCAGAACCGACUGCGAUUCGCCGGUCGGUUGAACGAAAUGAACGAGGAGUUGCAGGCGUUGGCACGCGAGGGAGAGAAGCAACGCAAGCUGCACAAGGACAAUGGAACUCGCUACCAGAGCAUCCUGCAGGAAAGCGAGGCGGUCAUGGACAAGGCAAGUGACACGGCCGCCAAGGCGCGCUUUGACGCGACUGCAGAGGAGCUGGAACGCAUCCUCGUAGCCAAGGAAGGGGCGGACUUCCGUGAAGCCGGGAUGCUGGCUGGGAACCAGCAGCCUGGUCACAACGGCAAGAAAGCACUCGGCAACAAGGUCAAGCAGGGUCUGUUCAAGGCGAAGAACCCUGCUCAGCUGCAGCGUCACGAAGACGAUGUCCGAGCUCGCAUGUCGGCUGCCAGUGAAGCUUUCCGGAAAGCAGUGAUCGAGAGCCAGGCGCUGCGGGCGGAGUACUUCAACUUCCAGCUGCCCAAGGUGGUCAGGCUGCUCAAGGACUGUGCGGAUGAGCUCGACCUCGGCGUGCAGUACCACCUGACACGCUACGCGUUCAUGUACGAGUCGGCUGUUGUGACUGAGGGCACGACCUUGACACCAGUGACGGCGCCGGAUGAUGUUGGUCUCAAGAACAUCUUUGAGAGUAUCGACAACCGCACCGACUUCAAGACGUUCAUGCAGAACUACGCGGUUGCACGAAACACGCCCAAGGGACCGAGGAGAGAGGGCCUGUACGACGAGGGUUACGUCCCAACCCUGCCACCACAUGUUCAGGCGUCACAAAAUGCUCUGGCCGCGCAGAAUGCUCAGCAGAGGGAACAGCAGUCCCAGCAGGUGCAGCAGCCACUUCAGUCCCAAACAGCCAACGGCGCUGGUGCUACUGCUGCCGCAGUGAUCCCUCCAGUGGACCCGUACCAGCCUCUUACGGUCCCUGCCUCUUCAGGCGCGACCUUCGGCGUCGAACUGGGGGAGCAGCUUGCGCGUGACAGCACCGAGAUUCCCAAGGUGGUUACCAAGUGUGCCGAGGCGAUCGAGGCAUACGGCCUGGAUUCGAUGGGCAUCUACCGAUUGUCUGGAACGACGUCCAAGGUGCAGGCUUUGAAGGCAGCUCUUGACAAGGACGUCGAUGGCGUCAAUGUCAUGGACGAGCAGUGGAGUUCUGACAUCAACGUCAUUUCGAGUGCUCUCAAGUUGUGGUUCCGUGAAUUGCCCGAGCCGCUGCUCACGUACGGGCUGUACAACGGAUUUAUGGAGGCGGCGCGGUACGACAACGACAGAUUGCGGCACAUUCGCUUGCACGAGCAGGUCAACGAACUGCCCGACCCCAACUACGCGACGCUCAAGUACUUUAUGGGCCACUUGGACCGGGUGCGGCGCAAGGAGGGUGUCAACCAGAUGUCUGCGUCCAACCUGUCGAUCGUGUUUGGUCCCACGCUGCUUGGAGCACCACCAGAGGAGGGUGGGCUGAACCUGGAGCACAUGAACUACCAGUGCAAGGCCAUUGAAACGAUCCUGGAGAAGUACCAGGAGAUCUUUGUCGAGGAGGACGACGAUGGAGAGAAGGCAGGCGGUGCUGCCCCGGCGCCGGCGUCGGGCCAGGCGUCUGCAUGAGGAGUGCAAGAGAAGGAGUAGUAGCAGUAGUAGCUUGUCGCUGUAUUCCCUGUUCUGGCGCGGUCCCGACUACUACGCUGGCACCAAACAAACAACCCACGGCGCGGUGCUCAUGUAUACCUCGGCAGCUUAUGCAGAUUCCCUUUUAUUCA